GCUGAAUGACAUGUAGAUACUCAUGGCAAGAUAAAAGCUGGACAUCAAUAUCAAGAACAAGACGCACUUACCCAAGGUACACCAGUACCCUCUACGCAACUGGCUUAAGAAACACUAUACCUAUUCCAUCACAUGGUCUAAAUAUACUUUUGACCGGUUCAUUUCAAUUCACCUCAACCCAAACCAUACAUCAUGAAACCCAUACCCAUAUCCAUACCCAUAUCCAACAAUCCCCACCAUAAAACCAAAUCCCUCCAAAAAUAAUGUCGCCCCAUCCAUCUUAUCCCCUCCACGAACCCCACGCCACCCUCAGCCUCCCCCAUUACUGCUCCCACUGUGACCGUGAAGUCUCCUCGAAAGAAGCCUUAACCAUCCACACCUCCCUCAAUUUAAAUCGCGCCCACUGGUGCACACGCUGCUCCCGCGCAUUCCCCUCCCAAACGGCAAAAGCAGCACACACGAACCGCUCCCCAGCCCACCACCACACAUGCACACACUGCCCAGACGCGGACUUCCAGACAGAAAAGGAUCUAAAUUCGCACCUCGGUAACACCGACCACGCAUGUCAAAUCUGCAAGAAGGUUGUACCAACCACAGAGGCUCUUAAUAUCCAUCCAUGUUCUCGACGCGCAUCUCUCGUGCGAGGUGUGCGGGCAAUUAUUCCUGGACAUGAAUAGUUUGGAAAUGGUAUGUUUUACUACCCUUCUACCUAGGUACAUACGUACAUGCCUUACCGGUCUCUUUUCCUGUCUUGACUGGUUUAUUCUGU